AUCAUCAAAAUGGAAGAAGCAGGGGCUGUAGGUUGCUCACACUACAAAAGAAAAUCAAAAUUCGUUACACCAUGCUGCAACAAAAUUUAUACAUGCCGCUUUUGCCACGAUGAAAAUGAAAGCCAUGCUGUGAACAGAAAAGAUGUCACUGAGCUAGUAUGCACAAAUUGUGAAACUCGGCAGAAGGUACAAGCUGAAUGUGAGAAUUGUCAUCUGCGAUUUGGAAAGUAUACAUGUUUGGAAUGCAAACUUUUUGAUGAUGAAGAAAAAAACCAGUAUCAUUGUGAUGGAUGUGGAAUCUGUCGAAUUGGUGGUAGAGAUAGAUUCUUCCAUUGCCAGAAGUGCAACAUGUGCCUUCCUAUCAAACUAAAGAACCGGCACAAGUGUGUAGAAAAUGUGUCUCGAGCAAAUUGCCCUGUGUGCCUUGAGGACAUCCAUACAUCUCGGAUUCCAUGCCACAUUCCAGAAUGUGGCCAUCUGUUACACAGAACGUGCUUUGAAGAUUUGCUUCAAGCAGGGCAUUAUGCAUGUCCAACUUGCCAGACAUCUCUCCUGGACAUGACCCAGCUUUGGGGAUUCCUUGAUGCUGAGGUUGCAGCAACUCCAAUGCCACCAGAAUACAUAAACUAUAGAGCAGAAAUUUUGUGUAAAGACUGUCAUAAAGAAUCCACUGUUAAGUUCCAUGUUGUCGGCCUCAAGUGUUUGCACUGUGGUUCUUACAACACUUGCAGAAUUAAAGGGUCUUUGAUACCUGGUGUAUCGGGUACGUCUGGUAAUGAGAACCAGGGCCCAGCUCCUGAUGAAGCGUCCGGAGCAUCAGCAAUUGUGCGGGACACCACAGAUGGACAAGAUUCAACAGAGUGCACUCAUUCAGAUGCAUCGGGCACCCACGAGUCAGGUGAUGCAAGUGACUCUGAGACUAUGGGCAUUACUGAAACGGAUUUGGAACUCAGGAGUGGAACUGAUUUAGAAGUGGCAGAUGACUCUGAUAAUGGUGAUACAGCUGAUGAAGACACUUCAAGUCCAGUACUAUGUAAUGUUCAGCCUGCUCGUUAGCUCCUGCUUUGUAGCAGUAAUAAAAUUUUGACAGUGGAUAUAUGGGAAGCGCACUUUGAAGUGUCAUAUGCUUAUUAUGUAAUAUAGUUACAAAACAUUUUAAUAUUUAAAAAUUGUUGAACAAUUUGAGGUUCCUUAGAGUGACUUGAGCAGUCUUUUUAGUAGUUGUAGCCAUUGAUAUAGUUUUUCAGAAUGACUCAGAAAAAUAAUUAUGUGCCACAUGCCUGAAUACAAAUAUGAAACUGAUAGUUUUUGAGACAUCAAAGGAAAUCAGGUAGAAUGACAAGAUUCUCACCUCAGUUUUACUCUAUUUGUAUUGGCACGUUGCUUAUUCAUGCUGCAUUGUCAAACAGUUCAGUCAUUAAGUACACCAAUUCAAGAAGUUUGAUGUAAUGAUGAUUUUAUUUUCAAGGCUACAAAUUGAAAAUUUAAUUGUAUUUUGUAAUUUGUUGGUAUCUGCCUUUUAUUUUGUGGCAUAUUUUCAGUAGAGCCUUUACCCAGUUCUUUUGUUUUCUGUAAAAUGCACUGCCACGGGGUUAAUUUUUCUGCUUUUAAGCAAAUACUUCAAAGAACACUACUCAAAUUCUACACUGUUGUUCUGAUUGACUUGUAAAUACAUUGGAAUUAAACCUUAUUUUUACCACGAGAGACAAUACUUGCUUUUGUGCUAUUCACUUAGCAGAUCCAAAUGGGCACACACAAACUGAAAAAUGCUUGAGGUGGAACUAAUCUUCCACAAAGCAAAGGAAAGUUGUAGUUGUAAAUGACCUCCCCACUACACACCAACCUUGCCUCAAAGCAUCAUAUCUUAAAAUUUCCAAAUUUAGUUGCCUUACACUAAAGAAAAGCAGUGUUGUGAAGCAGAUAUGAAACGAACAAGAAAACACUUAGGGAAGUCUUUUCAGCAGUGAAUAUAGGGUAUCUAAAAAGAAAAUUGUCUUUGUUUUACAAUAUUACAGCAGAAUAGUGUAAUUUGGAGGAGAGGGUGACUGUGCAGCAUGGUAUAUACUUCCUGUGCUUUUCAUGCUAUAGAAAGUCCAGUCAUUGACAGAUUUUUCUUUACUAAGACAUUAAUUUACCUCAUCUAUGGUGUAACUUAUUUAUAAUGCAUAAUGAUGAAAAGAAACUUCACAGUACAUAAAGUGAUAGUUGCCCAAUAAAUGUAAAACUCGUAUCUAUUCGUAUCAUAAUUCAGAAGAAGGAGAGCAUUGCCAUAAAUAUUUCUCUUACAAUUUUUGACAUUAACAUUCUUGCAUUGUGUUGGUAGGUAAGUGAGCUAAUGAUAAUCAGAAAGUCAGAUUUUUACUUCUUCCCACUGACACUCAAAAGGAGCUUUUAUUUGCAAAAAUGUCACAGUAAAUGUCAGUUAACUUUUAAAUGACUUGAAAGUCUUUAUGUGGCUUCAAACAGAAAUCAAGGAUGAAUUACUUAGCAUUUGUCCUUAGAGUAAUAUUUACACACACCUGUGUAGAUUAUGACUUGUAAAAGAAAUAUUUCCAAAAAAAAUCAUGAGAACUACAUGACUAAAAAUGUUUAUUUUGUAAAGUUUUGAAAAUUGGCCUCUUUGUCUUAAUGUUUGCUGUUUGUCAUCUUACCGUGAUUUCCUGGGAAAGUACUGCUUAUGGUAGAAAGCGUUUAUGGUUUGUUAUUUUGUUGUCUUUGUAUUCCUAUCAGGUGUUUGUGAAACAAUGUGCCUUGAAUUUCAGUGAACAUCACCAGUAGUGUGUGGAUCAUUAUUGUGUGCAAUUCUUUAUUCAUGAACUUGAAAGAAUCCUGGGCAAUUAGGUCACAUUUUAUCAUCUUUUGUUUAUUGUACACAACAGUUAAUAGUGACAAGUGCUAACUAUUGAUUGUUUUGUGUAAUUGUUCUGCCAUUCUGUAGGCCCUUUUGUCUUUCUUAAUUACUGUAUUCUUCCAGUCAGAUUAAAAUAAUAGUUCACAAAAAUGAAGAAAAAAAUGUGUAAAGUGUUCGGAUGGACAAGCUGAAUUUCUGAAGUGCUACAAAUUCUGCCUCUACAAUGUGCAAUGAUAUUUGGCUGUUCAUGUCAUUUUGCUUAGCAUUUAACAGCUUUUCUCACUUUUCUUUAACAAUUUGUUCCAUAGUUAUGUAAAAUGUUGACCUUUCAUUUAAGAAUGUGCUCUGCAUGGCAAGAUCUCAUGGAGAGUAUAUUGUGCUUUUUGAGAAGCUUAAUACAAUAUGUUAGUUGAAGGGGGGAGAAUGGGUUUUAAAUAAGUUUGCAAGAAACUGAGAUGUUAAAAAGCAAGAGGGUGCCAUGAAUAUUAAAAGUAAAAGAAUCCAUAAUAAAUUUUGUCUGAAGAAAUGACCCAAACAUUACCAUUAAAAAUGUUUUACUGGUUAUAUUAGAGAAUUGGAAUAGUUAGGAGAUUCACAGUAUAAUAGGGGUAGAAUGGUUUAUAAAGCAGUGCCAUAAGUGAGUAUAAAAGAAAUUAAAUUGAAAGAAAUGAACAGGUCUUUGUAAGAAAUAAAUGACUAAAUAAAUGGAAAUCUGUGCAAUAACCUUAUAUCAAUCAUGUAGGACUUUUGUAAGGAACUGCAACUGUUUCUGACAUGUUUAUGACAAAAAAAGCUCAAAUAGAACAAUUACCUGCAUCAGUGACUGAUGCAGAUAAUUGUUUCAUUCAAACUUUUAUAAUGUGUGCAAUACUUUUUAUACAUAAAAGUCAUUCUACCACCAGCAGAAAAGAGCGUAAAUAUAAACUGCCUCUCUCUCUCUCUCUCUCUCACACACACACACACACACACACACACACACACAUUCACUGUGAUUUGUAAUAACACGUUGAAGAAUUGAGGCAUACAGAAAUGACAGGCUUCAGCAGAAACACAUAGAGAAUGAAAGAAAUGGGUGCUGGCUGCAAAAUAUAUGCAAAAUUAAAAGAGGAGAACUCCAGCAAAUCAGCUAAGAAACAUGUUGUUUAAUGGUCAUUAACUGUUCUUCUGUUAAAUAUCCUUCACCUAUGUUCCUUUUUCCAUUGUUUGUGCAAUUUUUUUAAUGUUAUCUUUUUGGGAUUUUUAAAUACAUUGUUGUUUUAUUUUGUACAAUGUCAGUUGCAGUGAUUGUUGACAUAUAUACUUACACAAUACGAGUUGUUGAAUUUUAUUUUGUGUAUUGUUACCAAGAUUAUUUUUUUGGGGAGGGUUUGUUAAAUGAAUUUCUUCCUCAAAAUAAGAGAAGACCUGUUACUUUUGUGUAAGUGCAACAUAGAUCAGUAGUAUUUUGGAACAUUCCCAUUACUGAAAACUAUUUGUAACUGGGAAAUCUGUCAGACCCAUUUUUCCUUUUUUUUUUUUUUUUUUUUUUUUACUUCUGACAGGUUUUCGAGGCUUCAGUUAUUACUAAGAUCUUUGUGGAGACAUGUUCUUUUCCUCUCUUUCUCUCCUGAAGCUACUCUAAUAAGAUUUUAUAUUUACUUUAGAAUUUUUAUAUGUCAUAACAGAGUUUAACAUCGUGGUUUUAACUGGUAUUCAGUGAUUUCAUUAUUUUAUAGCAUGGACAUUACUGAGUUUGGUGCUUUGUGUGAUAUUUGCUAUAUUCUUAAGAAAUUAGUAGGAGCUACUAAUGAAUCUUCUGUAGAACAUAAUGUAAUUUUAUUGAUUGUUGAAUGUGGUAUAAUAUUUUGCUCUUAUUUAUACAGCAAACCAUGUGUUGAUUAAAUAGUCAUUUUUGCCCUCUCCAGUGAAUUUAGUCGCUCAUAAUUUUAAAGGGCUAAGUGUAAAUAUAAAUGAUAUCAUUGUUGUUCAGUGCCUUCCUGUUCGGCAUUUGUCUAACCUGAAUGUGUGAAUUAACUCAUAAAAUCAGUAUUAUGCAACUACAUUUCUCUCUAUGGAACUUUUUUUGUUGAUAUUGGUUUCUUAUCUGUACAAAAAAAUAGCCUACAGUUAAUCAUUGCAUCACACACUAGUGAGAAAUAGAAUGGUAUACAAACUAGGAACUAGUUAGCAUCAGUAUAUUGCAUUAUAACUGAAGAGUUCUGUUUGGUCAGCAGUUAUUGAUUGUAUGAUUGACACAACAUGAAACUGUUGCAAAACACGCCUCAUAAAAAUAAGUGCAUGGUUUUCUGCUGGUAUUAAGCUAUUCUUAAUGCUGCAGUUCAUGCUGUUCUUGUACUGGAUGUAUUUUUGCAUCCCAUACGUUUGAAGCACAGUGUGAGUAAUGAUGUAAAGUACAUCUGAGAAUUAUGUGAAUAAUUUAUGUUGCAUAUUUCUAAUUACUACAGAAUUUUUAACAUUAGACUUUUCUUGCAUGUGGAUGUAAAUUUUACAUACAAGAAAUAUAAAACUUAUUUAAUUCAGUCAAAUGGAAUAUUUAUAUGAAAUUUCAGCACUCAAGAAAUUUUUGAAUAAACAGUAGGCAAGGUCAUUCUGGGACACACUGACAUUCGACAGCAAUUAUGACUUUACCAGUCACUUUGCUUACACCAUGUUAACAUGGUGGUGUGAGCAUGCUUUCAUGUAUGCUUUUGCUCUAGGGGACUAUAAUUGCAGAUUAUAUCUUUUUUUUUAAAUAAGAUUUUUGUACUGAAGAGCAAAAAGAGAGAGAGAAAUGAUGGAAGGCCAGAUAAUGAUAAAUAACAGGAGUAUGACUGCCUUAAAACCACUGCUAAAUUGUCAAGUUUAUGUAACUAAAUAACAAUAUUAUUUUUAAUGCCUUUCUUGUUAUUGUUUAUAUGCAACAUCAUGUUGUAAUUCUGAGAUCUACUUCAUGCUGAUUGCUUCCUUGCCUGUAAAUCACCCCCACUUGAAAACUUUCUCUUUUUUUCAGACAAGUUGUCACUAUAUGAUAAGUACUAAUGCAUUUGGUUCAGUCUGAAUCUAAUCAAAGUGUAGAAUCAUCAAAGUGAACUGAUCCAAGUUAAUUACUUCUGUUAGGACACAGUUAAAUUGCUCUCCCAACUCUCGCAGAUUUGAGCAGUUUGAGAUGAAACAUACUUUGAGACAACUAUUUCAUUUUAAGGAAUGUAUUCUGGUUUGGCUUAAAAUGUCUUCUUUCAGUGAUGUGUGCUCAAAUUUCAUAUGAGUGGAAAGACUUUAUUCAAAUGAUCAUGGUGCAUUUACACAUUUUAAAUGUGAAUUUCAUUAUGGGAGAUAUAACUUUUUUCAGAUUAAUAAUCUAACAGCUGAUUGUACUUGGAUCAUAAGAGCAAUGUGUACUUUACAACUACUGAGACAGUAACAACUGGAGCAAGGUGUACAUUCAUUAAUCAAGGAUAACCUUCAGCAAUAUUGAAAAAGUAAAGCAACUUAUACAAACUUAAUCUCCCACUGUAGGUACAAUAAACUCUAAACAUACUGCUUGAUACUAUUUUUACUUGCACUUUAACAUACAAGUGGGAAAGCUACUGGUGACACUGACAUUUUCAGAAAUGCUUAUUCCACUGCUCUUUCAGGAGAAAGAGGUAUACAGGGUGGUCAGGAACAGUCUGAAUAUUUUGUAAGGGUGAUGCAGGGGAGAAAUAUCUUGUAAGGGUGAUGUAGGGGAGUUUGUGCUCAGAAAUAAUUGUUAAGGGAAAAAAUCUAUACUUUGCACUGUUUCCAAGUUAUUUAGCAUUGAAGUUAGCCAAUCAGGUCUCUGCACACACAAAUUCAGGGACUUACAUGCACUAAUGCACAGAUUUCUGUGGGUCUGUAAGUUACCACAUGUUCAGAUCCUGCUGGCUGCUGUGGUCGAGCGGUUCUAGGCACUUUGGUCCAGAACUGCACUGCUGUUUUGGUCACAUUUUCAAAUCCUGCCUCGGGCUUGGAUGUGUGUGAUGUCCUUAGGUUAGUUAGGUUUAAGUAGUUCUAAGUCUAGGGGACUGAUGACCUCAGAUGUUACGUCCCAUAGUGCUUAGAGCCAUUUUAACCAUUUUCAGAUCCUCAUUACCAAUUGAAAUGCACAUUUUUCAGAAGUGAUAAAUUUAAGCUAGCUAGAAAAAACUAAGUUUGUUUGGUAUGAAGAAACAAAAAGUUUGGUGACAUGGCCCUUGGCAGGCUGCUUGAAUUUGCAUGUGUGAUAACCUGACUAGCUAACUUCAAUGCUAAAUAACUCUGAAAUGGUGAACCCAUUGAAUUUCUGUCUUAACAAUUGUUUCAUGGCACAGCCUUCCCUGCAACACCCUUAAAAGCUUUUCAGGUAGUUUUUGAUCACCCUGUACAUGAAAAAGCAAGGAGCUGACCUAAUGUGCUUUAUAAAAAGAAACACAGCUCUGAACCUUGCAUGGAAGGUAGACAAUGUGGAGGAAUGACGUCUGUCAUGACAUUGGUCAAUAUUGAUCAUAGUUCAAAUUGCACAGUACAAAAACUCAGCUGUAGCCAUUUAAAUGGCCAAAAUCCAGAACUAAAGCUAAAAACAAUUCAGAGGUAAAGGUAGAAAGAAGGCUAAGAAAUAAAGCACUAUCCAUUUAUUUCCCAAUUAUUACUCCUCUAGAUUUUCCUGUUCACGAGUGGAGAACACUCUUUUGCCUUGUGUAAUUAACGGUGCCAUAGAUUUUAUUUUCAUCAUAGCAGCAUUUUUUAUUUUUUCAAAAAAGCAUUCUGCUCUCUAAAAAAGGUUAAAGUUUAUUGCUCAUUGGAGAGACCUGGUAAUAACAGACAAAAUUGGCAAAAUAUUGCUAAGUUGGCAACAAAGAGCUUGUAUAUCUUGUAAUUGUUUAUUAUAGUAAUAAAAUAGUAGUAGAGGUAUUGAGCAGUAGGUAGAUAAAUUAACAAGAACUGAAGCUUGAAAUCUCAGGUUAUGAACUAGUGUGAGAACUACAGAGCACACUACAGGAACAAUGUAGCCGGUGUUGUUUGGGUUAGGUGAGGUGGGUGGGACGGUGUUCAGCACAUGCGUGCACAAAAUGUUUGUGCUCUGAAGAAAAAUUGCAAGUUCAUAAGCAGAGCUGUCAUAUUACAGUCAACAACUCAUUCCUUUGGCAUUAGGUACUAGUUGAGAUAAAGCAACAUCUGGUUUGAGCAUGUCCCGCUCAACACCAUCCCUCCCCGCCCCUUCUCCCUCACUCAGUAACAGCAUAUUUGUCACGUAUUACCUUUCGUAGUCUCAGAAGAAUAGUUUCUGAUUAUAUUCUUUACAUUGUUCUCUUACCAAUGUACAGUGAGGUACCUUUGUCAUGCUGACUGUCAUGACUUUUUAAGCAACAUAUUUGUGAAUCAAAUGUUUCAUAAUUUUACAAAACAAUGUAGGAACAACAAGUAGAUUUUGAUAGAAAGUAUGAAUUGUGAGACUGGCUGUUUCAAAACAAAACCACAUCUAAAUUCACUGCAGCAUUCUGAACAAGGUGCAUGUGUAGUCUUACGGCUUCAUAUCUGUUGGCUUCUCUGUCCAGUAAUGUCAAAGCCAUCAGAAAUGCCUGCUUGAAAAUUGCACAUGAAUCUGGAAUAGACCCUUCUUUCCUGGUAAAGAUAAUAUCAUGUACUUGAAAUUUUUAAUGUAUAUUAAAAUAUUUACAAGGAGCACAGGUUUUCUCAGAUUAUUAGAAAAAUAGGUUCCCAUGACACACUGACUUCUGACAAAGUAUUUGAAUUCAGUUUAAUUUUAAUAUGAAGAGUUGGAAGAAUUAAUGAUUCUACAGCAGUAUAAAAGGUAAAGGUAAAACAGAAAUUUACCUUGGUAGUUAAGGACACUGGAUUGAAAUUCUUUAUUCCACUGUAAAAUAUGAAAUGUUAUCUUCUUUGUAUAAGACGUAUGGUGUAACACAUGGUGUAACAAUACAAAGAUGGUAUUUUAUAAGGGUGGUUAAUGCUUUUUUGAUUCUGCACUAAAUUUUAAUUUUUGCAUUAUAUGCACCACAGUAUCCAAAAGUUCCAGUAUACAGAUUCCAUUAAAAUAUUUGCUUUUAGACAAGAAUGAAAUUUGUAUAAUGAAGUGUUACUUGUCUGUUUGCAAGUGAUGAAUAGAACAGUUUUAAGUUCUCUCAUUUGAACAGUAUUUAGUUGGUUUGAAACACACCACUGGGGUAGAUAGGUGGCAAAAAAAAAGGCCAUUUUCAAACUCACCUAUAGCUGCUUUGAUUAAAUUGUAUUUUGAUCCUUAGCCCAUCCUCAUUCAGUAAUAAGAUGGAUGUUACAAAUAAAAAUAUUCUAUAUGCCAGUUAGAUCACAUUUUAAGAUUAGGCAAAAAUUACUUAACUGGCAAUUUGAAAAACUAUAAAGCCUACUGGAUUUUCUACUCAUCACUUGCAGCCUUAUAUGUAAAGCGAAAUUUCUAACAGUAGGUGUGUCCCACGCUGACGUUACAUUUUUUGUCAAAUUGUGAUUAAAAAUUUUUCAAAUCAGCAAUUUCAAA